GUGAAGUAGAACCAGUCUCAUAAGAAGCCUAACACUGCACCCGGAUUAAGUACAGGCCGCGGCAGCAUACGGCAGAUGAACAAGACCUCAUAAGGCUUAGCUCAUCAACGGGAUGUGUCACGCGACGCGACACUUCGAAUUCUUCUUCAUCUUUACGGGCAGAUCAGCCCUAUCAGUCUGCCCAGCAGCCAGGCUCAGAGGACUGGUCGCUUCGGCUAAAUGUCAAUCGAGGUCCCCGCUUCGGGCUUGCAUGUGGUAAAGCUUGAAUGCGCUGCGUGGAAAUGGUUCUGGCGAUGUCUGGGCAGUGGAGAUAUAUGACCGGGUCCUGUAGCGGCUUUUUAAAGGUGCGCGAUAGAAGCCCAUUGAAACCCAUUCAUCAGGCCUGCAGGAUGCUAGCUUUUGGCUUCCUCGCGCUCGCGCUGACCGUCGCGUCUGCCACGCCCGUCUUCGACACGCUCGUCCUGCAUGAGCGUCGGGCAGUUGUUCCGGAGGGCUUCGUCGCGUCGGGAUCGGCGCCUGCUGAGAAGAUACUUCAGCUGAAGCUUAACCUGGCCCAGAAUAACCUCGAAGGGCUGGAGACGAAACUGCUCGCUGCUGCCACACCGGGUAGUGCGACCUACGGACAAUGGUUGUCCAAGGAAGAGGUCGACUCAUUCUCCACUCCCACUGCAGAGACCACUGCCGCCGUGUCUGAGUGGCUUUCCUCCAAUGGUCUAUCAUCGACACUCGUCUCUCCCUCCGGUGACUGGAUCUCCGUCAGCGUCCCCGUGUCCAAGGCAAACGAGCUGCUCGGCGCUGACUACCGGGUUUUCACGCACACCGCCAGCGGCACCGAGUCGAUUCGCACGCUUGAGUACUCCAUCCCGGCCGCGCUCAAGGACCACGUCCGCGUCGUCACUCCCACGACCAGCUUCAGCGGGUCCCGCUCCCUUCCUCGCGUGAUGGCGGUGAGAAGCAAGCAGCCCGAGCCGCGCGCGGCACCGGCGCCGGCGCCGGUGUCGGACGCCGUCCACGUUUCCUGCAACGACACGAUGACACCCAGGUGCCUGCAGUCCAUGUACCGCAUCCCCAAGACGCCUGCGAAGAGCAAGAAGGGAUCAAUCGGGGUAGUGGGGAUGUAUGAGCAGUGGGCGAACAGGGAGGAUCUGAAGGACUUCCUCGAGGAGCAGCGCCCGGACAUGAACUCCUCGACUACGUUCGGCCUCCUCUCGCUCGACAACGGAACGGAUUCGCAGGCCCCAGAUGAUGCCAGCGUCGAAGCUAACAUGGACAUCCAGCUCACCGUGGGCCUGGCAACUAACGUUCCGGUCACAUUCGUUUCUUUGGGGACCAAUAACACUGAUGGCGCGGACGGCGGCUACCUCGAUAUCAUCACAGGGCUCAUUGCCGAGAGCGCUCCACCCCAAGUGCUCACAACCAGUUACGGUCUGCUUGCUGAGUCCUAUCUCUCCGAGCCCCUCACCGUGGCGAUGUGCAACUCGUACAUGCAGUUGAGUGCCCGAGGGGUCUCUAUUCUGUUUGCCUCGGGCGAUGGCGGUGUUUCUUCGACCCCUGGUGUGCAGUGCAAUGGAACAGCAUUCGCGCCCACCUUCCCUUCCUGCCCUUACGCGACUUUGGUCGGUGCCACCUCCGGUAUGCCAGAAACGGGCGCGGCCCUCUCCGCUGGUGGUUUCUCGAACUACUUCCCUACCCAGUCUUGGCAACAAUCCGCCGUCAGCGCGUACAUCAAGUCGAUCGGCACGCAAUAUGCUGGCAAGUACAACACCACCGGUCGGGGGUACCCGGACGUCUCGGCCAGCGGUGUGAACGUCACGAUGCACCAAAUCGAUCACUGGGACUUGAUCGACGGCACGUCCUGCUCCUCGCCUAUCUUCGCGUCGGUGAUCGGCCUAAUUAACGACCGGCUGCUGACCGCCGGGAAGCCCGUGCUUGGCUUCCUCAACCCGUGGUUGUACUCCAACCCGCAGAUGUUCAAUGACGUUACGACGGGAAAUAACCCUGGUUGUGGAACGGACGGCUUCUCGGCCAAGGCAGGGUGGGAUCCCGUCACCGGCAUGGGAACGCCCAACUUCCCUGCUAUGCUGAAGGCCGCCGGUCUCUAAAUAAGACCAAAAUAAUGGGCACUUAGUGUUGUUUUUCUGAUCACAAAUCGAACUCUCAUGCUGAGAAACUCAUCUCUCCUUCUGCCGAGUUUAAAUUUCAACCUUGUGUCGCCGGGAGUACACGAGAGCAGCCCCGGAAACCUUUGAGUUGCCCUUCAAAACAACUGAUCUACAUUGAACUCCUAUGCUAGACAACGGGACUAGCCCGAGAGCCUUUCGCCUAGCGCUACUAGAAGGCGUUGACCCGAGAAUUCCAU